AUGCCGUGCUUCAAAGGCAUCGCCGUGAGCAUACACACUCCCGAAGGUCCUCUCUCCGAGCAUGGUGUCCAGAGUCUGUCGCGCUUCGGUCGCAUCAACACCUACAUCCCCGUCCCUCCGCCUUCGGUCCCGCCAAACUCGACCACUGGCCAGCCUCAGCAGUCGACCUUCGCCGUCUCUAUCACUCUUCUCACACAAGGACUGAAAGUUCCCUACUCGACUCCGCGCCCUACACCCACCAACCCCAACCCCAAAGGCGUCUAUGUCGGCCCCCAAACCUCUGGCAUGACUAGAGGCCUGCCCAGAAAGGAGCCUCCGCCUAUCGAUCCCGACACUGGCAAACCUCAAGUCCUCAUCCCGCCUUAUCAGCCCCGCACUUCGUCACCCAACGAAACCAUCGCCGCCUACAUCUACUUUGACGGAAGACAAAAAGAGGAGGUUGCCACGUUACUCCGCAAGGGUGAAGAGACCUGGGUCAACUCAAGAUGGGUCAGCAUCCCGGACAGCGAGGGAGGUGGUCUGGCCGAGCGCGACUUUCUUUUCCGCGAGGUCGGCCUGGAGCGCUGGCUCAACGGACUCGAUCUCACGAGUACCGACAAGGAAGCCAAAGCCGCCUUGAUCGACAAACGCCGAAAGAAGUUUGAAAAGAUGCGCCAACGCGAGGAGAGAAAGAGACAAAUCAAGAGAGAAGACAGUGACGACGAAGAUGACCAGGACAAGCCCCGCUACGACCGUAACACCGUCCUGCGUUAUGGCCAAGAUAAUGGCGCCCCUACUGAGGCCAUCGUACAAGACGACGACAUGUCUGACUCGGAUUCGGACUCGGACGUGCCCGAAAGCGAAGCUGCUGGCCAGAUCAAGAUUGUUCUUUUCCGCGUUCUUGCCUCUGGUGAAAUCAAGCGUGGAGAAUACUCGCCGCAAUUCGACGUCCACGAUGAUGAAGGCACCAACAACGAUGGCGCCGAAGAUGAGGAUGUCGACCACACCACCGGCCUUGACAAGCCCAAGACGCUUGAUCCUAAAAGUAUUAGCACACAGACUGUCACAGGCAUAGAUCCCCCGGACAGCCCUUUUGCUACUUUUACCUUCUAUUACCGCAGUCCCAAGCAACUUGAGAAGAUGGGCGUCGUUGCACCCAGCCGCAAGAGUUCAUCAACCGUCACGAGAAAACGUAGCACUGACUUCUCGAAACUCGGCCCUCUGAAGAAUCAAGGCACCAAGGGCUUCUCAAGUUACCGCGACCCUGCUGCACGCGCUACUCGCAAGGGCUCAAAGAAUGCCGAUGCCAUGGACAGCGAUGAAGAUGAUGAGGAGCCCGUCGCUCGCGAUGAGAUGGACGACGUUGAUGUCAAGGAUGAGAACGGUAACCCUCUUAUCUUGACUGAAGAGGAUCGCCAGCGUCAGGAAGAGAUGGCCGAGGGUGUGCGCCACAUCAAGCUCAAGCGCCAGCACUCGGGCGAGAUGAACAAUCCUACUCCCAGCAAAUCUCCCCAUGUUGGAGCCUCCACAGCACACAUCACCACCGACGACAUGACCUCGCCCAGCGACAAGGCCAGUCAAAAACUGCUCGCUGAGCCCACAGACGUCUACUCCGAGAGUCCUCUGAAGAAGAAUCGUCUGAGCCAGGGAGCCGUUGAUGCCAGUCCAUUGGGUAAACCCAGUCUUACAGGCCCCAGUUCAGCGCCUACUACCCACCCAUCUGCAUUGGGAGCUUCGCCUCUUUCUGCAAGCACGUCGGAUCCCACCCAACUGUCCGCGCCCACGCAACCCAUCGACGAAGACGAAGAGUUGUGA